AUGUCAGAUCAAGUAGUUAAUGAUCAACUUUUGAACAAUACCCAAACCACGUUAAGCCCUACCAACGUCGUUGACGACGAUGAUGCUGAUGUCCACCCUCAGGCCUACCGAUUAAAACGAAAUAGCAGAGAUAUCUCGGCAGACAAAUGUCAUCAUCCUGGUUCCCACGAAUAUGUGCACAUGGAAGGUGUAGCGCAACCAAGACCGAUACAAACAAACCCUCAAGAUAAAGCGCAAUGGGAUCUCUAUCCCAGCAUGGUGCGUAAUAUCGAAAAUGACGGCACACCAGAACAAGUAGAACAACUGCACCAGAUGGAACAUAUUCAAAGCUUAUAA